CCUUCCUCUGGGGGACGUUUUUCCUGAUGAGGCAAUUCCCUGCUAGCCCAUUCCAGUAAAAACACAGCAAAGUUUCAGACAACCUGGAGUUGACCAACCUGUUCCCAAGCCGGUUGUGCAGUGUGGCUCCCGGGGGCAGGGCCCUGGAUGAGCAGGGCAGAUACAGAGCCGUUGUAGGUCCUGGCAGUGAGAAAAGUGUAGGUGUGGGAAUUAGGAGGUGCAGCCCUGCCCCACGCCUGUUGGGUAAUCCUGAGCAUCAGCCCAUUGCCAGGCGUGGGCACCGGACUCUGGGAGGAUCGCAGUCAGCCCAGGAGGGCUGAGGACAGGAGGUGGGAGCAGAGCCGGCACAUCGGGAGGCAGCAUGUCCAAGGAAGAGGGUGGAAGUGCGGUGAAGAGCCCGGGAGCAGAGCCCACACUGGGGCUCCUGGGAAGCACUCCGGAGUGCUGAAGAAUCCUGUUCCCCAGAAGCCCCAGGGAUGGGGACAGACCCCGUCCUCCCUUUGAGGAGCUCCCAGGCUAAGGGAGAAGGCAGAUUUAUGGACAGACGACCAGGGGCACCAGGGCUGGGAUCAGGAGGUGAAUUGGGGAUUGAAGCAGUGCAAGUGCAGAUGAGGCCACCAGCCUCCAGGGCACCCACCUCGGAUGCUAAGGCUCAGCUUGCCACUCGCCGCCCCUGCCUCACCAAUGCGGGUCUGAGGCAGCAGCCCUGGGCAUAGCCCUGUGACCUGCUGCCGAGGCUGAGGUAGCACAGAUCCACACCCAGAUACACACAUGACACGCAUAGACACAGACACCCACCCACACACAAACACACAGACACCCCCCCACACAGACACACAGACACCCCCCGACAGACACACACACAGACAUCCACAGACACACAGACACCCACAGAUAAACAUACAGACAUGCAGACACCCACACACACAUAAAGGCUCAGACACCCAUACACACACAGACACACAGAUACACACACAGACACAUCCACAGACACACACACACACAGACACUCAUGCACAGACACACAAACAUCCACAGACACCUACACACAUACACAAACACACAGACACCCAUACACACACUCACAGACACACAAACAUACAGACACCCAUGCACACACAGACACAGACACCCACAGACAUACAGGCACACACACACACAGAGACACCCAUACACAGACAGACACACAGACACCCAAACACACACACAGACACACAAACACACAGACACCCACAGAUCCACAGACACCCAUACACACAGACACCCACACAGACACAGACACCAGUACACACACAGACACCCAUAUACACACAGACCCACAGACAUCCAUACACACACAGACACCCACACAUGCACACACAGACAUCUAUACACACACACACAGACACUCAUACACACAGACACCCAUACACACACAGCCACACAGCCACAGACACCCAUACACACACAGACACACAGACACCCACACACCCAUAUACACACAGACACACAGACAUCCAUACACACACAGACACCCAUACACACAGACACACAGACACUCACAGAUGCACAGGCACUGUAUACACACAGACACACAGACACCCACAGAUGCACAGACACCACAUACACACAGACACACAGACACCCAUAUACACACAGACACACAGACAUCCAUACACACACAGACACCCAUAUACAUGCACAGACACACAGACACUCACAGACCCACAGACACCCACACAUGCACAGACACACAGACAUCCAUACACACACACACAGACACUCAUACACACAGACACCCAUACACACACAGCCACACAGCCACAGACACCCAUACACACACAGACACACAGACACCCACACACCCAUAUACACACAGACACACAGACAUCCAUACGCACAUAGACACCCAUACACACAGACACCCACAGAUGCACAGACACCGUAUACACACAGACACACAGACACCCACAGAUGCACAGACACCACAUACACACAGACACACAGACACCCACAGACACACAGACACCCAUAUACACACAGACACACAGACAUCCAUACACAUACAGACACCCAUAUACACGCACAGACACACAGACACAGACACACAGACACCCAUACACACACAGACACCCACAGAUGCACAGACACCAUAGACACACAGACACACAGACACCCAUACAGACACUCAUACACACAGACACACGGACAUCCAUACACAUACAGACACCCAUGCACACAUAGACACAAAGACACCCAUGCACACACAGACACACAGACACUCACAGACACCCAUAUACACACACAGACACGCGGACACUCACAGACACCCAGACACACAGACACAGAGACACCCAUACACGCACAGACAUACAGACACCCACACAGACAGACACACAGACACAGACACACAGACACCCAUACACACACAGACACACAGAUGCCCACAGACACAGACACCCACACAGACACAUACAGAUACAGACACACAGACACCCAUACACACACUCACAGACACCCAUACACACAUAGGCACACAAACACCCACAGAUGCACAGACACAUACAUACACACAGACACCCACAGAUGCACAGAUAUCCAUAUACACACACAGACACAUGGACACUCUGAGACGUACAGACACCUAUACACACAUAGACACACAUACAUACAUAGACACACAGACACCCAUAUAUACAGACAUGGACAUUCACAGACACACAGACACCUAUACACAGACAGACGCCCAUACACACAUAGACACACAGACACCCAUAUACACACACACACACAGACACACAGACACCCAUACACACACAAACGGACACCCACAGAUGCACAGACACCCGUAUACACACACAGACACACAGACACCCAUACACAGCCACACAGAUACCCAUACACACACACACACAGACACCCAUACACACACACAUAUACCCAGACACACACACACACACAGACACCCAUACACACACAGACACCCACAUACACACAGACACAGACACCCACAGAUGCAGAGACACCCAUAUAUACACACAGACACUUCUACACAGACAGCCACACAGAUACCCAUACACAGCCACACAGAUACCCAUACACACACACACAGACACCCAUACACACACACAUAUACCCAGACACACACACACACACAGACACCCAUACACACACAGACACCCACAUACACACAGACACCCACAGAUGCAGAGACACCCAUAUAUACAUACAGACACUUCUACACACACAGCCACACAGAUACCCAUACACACACACACAGACACCUAUACACACACACACAGAUACCCAGACACACACUCAUACACAGACACAUAGAUACCUAUAUAACAAAUAGACACACCGACACCCAUAUACACAUUCAGACACCCAGAUACUUAUACACAUAAAGACACACACAGACACCCAGAUACAUGAAGACACAGAUAUCCAUACAAAGACACACAGAAACCCAAAGACACACAGAUAGCCAUAUACACAGACACACAAACACCCUGACACUCAUACACACACACACACACAGACACCCAUACAUGCAAACAUACACAAAGACAGACACCCAUAUGCACAGAGACACACACAUAGACACACAAAGAUAUACAAAGACACAAAGACAAGCAGACACACGGAUACACAGACACAGGAUUUGCAAGGCAUUCUUCAGUCUCUGGGUUGGGGUGCUCAGAGCCCUUGCCGGGGCCUGGCAAUCCUCCUGAGUGUCCCCUGGGACCUCCCCGACCCUGUCCUGAUCUCUC